UUAUUGCCGCCUUCAUGAAGAGAUUAUGCUAAGGUCUAAAGUACACCUCUUUUAAAGCCGCGAGAGGAGUACUGAAGUCAUGGCGUUCAGCCGGUUUAGCAUGGGAUCAUCCUACAAGCCUUGGUUGACUAUCUUGUUGCUUUACAUAAUCGUAGGUUUACAAAAAACCCAAGUCGCCACGACGCAUUCGCCUACGAAAGAAUGCAUCCAUUACCAUGGAGCAUGUAAUUCAUAUUUCCUAAACUCCACAGAGCAUCGCUUUAUUAACACGACUCUUGGUUUCAACGCCACGGAAAAUAUUGCGAUUCGAUUUCUGGACUUUUCUGGGAAAACGUACAAAACAAAACCAGAUAAGACUUGUGAAGCGAUCGUGAAUCAAACAAUCUGUUUCUUUCUGUUUCCAUAUUGCUCAAUGGAGCAUAAAAAACUAGAUUAUUGUCGUGAAGACUGCAACUACCUUUUUGAGAUCUGUGGUGGUGACAUCAGCCUGAUUGUUGGAGCUGGCAAAGCUCUCCUUCAAAACAAGCUACCGGCGAAAAUAUUCCGUUUCGACAGCUGCAAAGAUUUCAAAAGUUCUAAGGAGGAUUUUGGAAACGACUCAUGCAGACAUCUGCCAUUUAUUAAAAUUCCUCCAAAGAUGAGCAAAACCAAGGAGUUAGACAAGGGCGUGAUCAUCACGAUCGCUGUUCUCGUUCCACUAUCCGUGUUUAUUCUCGUUCUCUGCGCCAUUCACCAUCGACGCAUGACUAAGAAAGCAAGACUGAACUCAAUUCUGUACGAACCUGGCAAAGAAGAAACUGGAGUGAACAAGGAUAGACUAUCAAAUGUCGUUUCAAUGAGAGAUCGUAUUCGGGAAUGGAAAGUAGCACCUUCAGAAUUGGUCGAACUUGUCGAUAUAUGCAAGUCGAGAGGCGUGCUGGAAAUUCCUGUGGAUGAUAUUGAGUACUUGAAAGAUCUCGGCUCUGGUCAAUAUGGCUUAGUUUUUCAAGGCAAAGUGAUUGAGGACAUUGACGGUGAAACAUCUAGUAUUGUUGCCGUGAAAACAUUGAGAGAGGGAUCUUCACAAGAAGCCAUCAAGGAAUUCUGUCAAGAAGUCAAUAUUAUGUCGACGUUUAGUCAUCCAAAUGUUGUCAAAUUGAUUGGUGUAUCCUUGACUGGCGAACCAUACUGCAUGAUAUUCGAAUUCGUAGAAUUUGGUGAUCUGGCGAGUUUUCUAAGAAAUUGUGAUGAAUUCGCAGAAGACGCAAACUCUGCGUACCCAAAGAUAACGGUCACAGACCAGCUGGCAAUAGCAGUGCAAGUCGCCUCAGGAAUGAAGUACAUAUCGUCGAUACGCUGUGUACAUAGAGAUUUAGCUGCGCGGAACUGUCUCGUUGGUAGAGGACUGGUGGUGAAAAUCAGCGACUUUGGAUUAUCACGUGACGUCUAUGUUUCCGAAUACUACAGAAUGGACAAGACAAGAAUGCUCCCUGUUCGUUGGCUUCCUCCGGAGGCGUUCGUUGACGGGAAGUUCACGACGUAUUCCGAUGUCUACUCGUAUGGUGUUCUACUCUGGGAGGUUUUUACGUUUGCGAUGCUACCAUACAAUGACCAUGAUAAUAAUAAAGCCAUGGAGUUGAUUCUGGAGGGUGUUCUCCUUGAAAAGCCUGAUAUUUGCCCGAGGCCUGUGUAUGACAUCAUGUUGAAAUGCUGGGAUGCCGAUCCAGAGAAACGCAUUUUGUUCCCUGAGAUCAUCAACGAGUUGUGUUCGCUGGAUGACUUUGGACAACGCUUUGAGGCGAAGGAGGAACAAAUUCUUGAAAAUUUCAAAGCUCGUUCGCUCUCGAACUCUUCCAAAAUGGCCGAGGACAGAUUACCCAGUUACACCAACCAAAGUUGCAAUCGUGAUGAUGAACAGCCAAUCAACGUGGAGAGACUAUCGCCUCAGCCAAUCACAAUGGCACCCAGUAGCCACUAUUCUAAACCUCCCUGUAAUAAAGCUCAGUCUGAGACUGCUAAAAAAGCCGGCUAUGAUGGGUUCGUUACAUUACCUAAAUCUGUCAACGAUGUACCUGCAGACGAGCGGAAUCGGAGUGAGGGCCUUCGGGCAGUGCAUGAUUUCACACCUCCAGAAAUCUCAUAUGGAAAGGAUGACGAUUCAGCACCCAUAUAUGGAAAUUUUGAAUCAGCGCCCAUAUACAGUAAUGUUGAUGUGGAUGAUGAGGAAUCCGCACCAAUAUAUGGGAAUGUGGACCCGUAUGAUGUUAAUGACCCUAACGAUUCCGGGGAAACCUACGAUGUCCCUCCAAAGCUCGAAGAUGAGGAAACAUAUUCGGUCCCACCGGUACCUCGCAAAGGUUACGAUGCGGAUUCCCAGGAAACAUACGAUGUACCACCAAAAGCACCUGCUGAUGGAUCAGAAGAAACGUAUGACGUCCCCCCUAAACAAGGAGAUGAACCCGAAGAGACCUACGAUGUACCUCCUAAAUCAAACGAAUACCCUGAUGAACCUCAAGAAACGUAUGAUGUCCCUCCUGGAUUGAUGAAGAUACCACUUAUAAAACAAGAUGGAAUGUUGACAGAGGGAGAGGAGACGUAUGAUGUACCACCGAGACCGGAGAAAAAUGAAAUAUACCAGAAUUCCUUGCCGGUUAAAGCAAAGACUGAACACUACUCCGUGCCCCAAUCCCCUUACCUGAAACGGAAAAAUGAGAACAGGAACAAUGAAAACCCGAGCCAAAACUUGUCUUCGCCAUCACGAGGUGAAAGACGCUCGUACGAAAAUGUAGAUUUUGAUGGCAAACCGUUGAUUACGUCAUAAGUACUAAACAUAAUACCGAAUAAAUGGUUAAAUGGUGUCAGGAUGUUGUGUCAUCGGUAAAAAAAUCCGAUCAAAUGUAGCGUAUACGUAAUGUUAGGGCUAGCAUUCCACAACUUUAAUAGUCUUUAAAACAACGCGGUUUAAUCAUAAACACUUUAGUAUACUUAACACUAGGAGUGGUCAGAAAGUCAAUUGAUAAAUCACCAUUUCUUACGGCUCAAUGCUGUUCGACGAAGCCGGCGUGCGUUGUGACGGUGACAAUUACAAUGCAAUGCGCGCAAGUGAAAUGUGUGCCAAUAAUUAUUUUUGAUUAGCGAUGAUUUAAUAACUGGAACUCUAAGUAUCGAUAAUUUGCGUACCAAAAAAAAACUCCCGUUGUCUGCAUGAGAUGGAUAGUGGGCGGUCUGAUGAAGAAGAAUUAAAGAGGAUUGAUCUUGCGAUAACCUUGCCUGUCUUCCGCGUGACAUAAGAACAGUUAUUUUUGUUUCACAAAGAAUAUACGUAAAUCGUUACAAAGCCAUUGUAAUUACUUCACUAGAUAAAUACAUAUGCUGCAUCUAUGAA